AUGACCCAGUCUCGGAGCCAGCGAGAGUACACAGAAGCAAGCGAGGAGCAGCCGCUGCCGCCUAGUAUUGAUCAGAGAAUCGACACUGACAACUGCUUCCGGAUUCUGGUCGCCACAGACAACCACAUAGGCUACGCCGAAAAGGACCCCGUCCGUGGACAAGACAGCAUCAAUACUUUCCGCGAAAUCCUCCAGAUCGCUCAGAAGGAGCAAGUGGACUUUAUCCUACUGGCAGGAGAUCUGUUCCAUGAGAACCGCCCGAGCCGGACGUGUAUGCAUCAGACGAUAGCGUUGCUGAGAGAGUAUACGCUGGGGGACAAGGCUAUUCCUUUUGAGCUUUUGUCAGAUCCUAUGGAUGGUGCAACACCAGGCUUCAACUUCCCGGCAGUCAACUACGAAGACCCCAACCUCAACAUCGCCAUCCCCGUCUUUUCCAUCCACGGCAAUCACGACGACCCCCAAGGAACCGGUCCCGAAGGCGCCCUCUGCGCACUCGACGUCCUCUCCGUCUCUGGCGUCCUCAACUACUUUGGCAAAGUCUCCCUCGCCGACGAAGAUGCCCAAUCCGCCGACCCCGAUAAAGGUAUCCGCAUCAAACCCGUCCUCCUCCGUAAAGGCGAUACGCACCUAGCGCUGUAUGGGUGUGGGAAUGUGAGGGAUCAGAGGAUGAAUUUCGAGUUGAGGAGUAAUAGGGUGAAGAUGUAUGUACCGACGGGGGGAGAGGUGGCGGAUGAUGAGUGGUUCAAUAUCUUGCUCGUGCACCAGAACCGUAGAGUGAAACAUGGGCCGCAACAACAUGUGCCGGAAGGCAUGUUUGACGAUUCGAUCCAACUCGUCAUCUGGGGGCACGAACACGACUGUCGCCUUACCCCCGAAUCCGUCCCCGGCAAACCAUACUACAUCUCCCAACCCGGCUCCUCCGUCGCCACCUCCCUCUCCGCCGGCGAAGCCAUCCCCAAACACGUCGGCAUCCUCUCCGUCCAAGGGGAGCAGUUUGGGAUCGAAGAGAUACAGUUGAAGACGGUGAGACCGAUGGCGAUGGGGGAGGUGGUGCUGGGGGAUGAAGCGAAGGAUGGGGCGUUCAGUUUGGAUGAGAGGGAUGAGAUUACGAUGUUUUUGAGGGGGGAGGUGGAGAAGUGUAUAGCGCAGACGAAGGAGGAAUGGGAUGAGACGCAUACGUCAGAGGAUGGGGAGAUGAUGUUGCCGCUUGUGCGGUUGAAGGUGGAGACGACGGAUGCGAAGGAUGUGAUUAACCCGGUGAGGUUUGGGCAGGAGUAUAUUGGGAGGGUAGCGAAUCCGCGGGAUUUGUUGCAGUAUUAUCGAAGGAAGAAGGUCGCUGAGCGAAAGCCAAAGAACAAUGCCGACCUACCCGACUCGGACGACAUUGAAGAAGAACCCCAAUCCCUCCUCGCCGACGACGAAGCAUCGUCCAAACUCCGUAUGGCACACCUCGUCGGGCAAUACCUCAAAGCGCAGGAACUGGGGGUGUUGGUGGAGGGCGGGUUGGAGGAAGCUGUGAUGCGGUUUGUGGAGAAGGAUGAUCGGGAUGCUAUCAAAGACUUUGUGGCAAAGACGACGAAUUUCGUGAGCAAGGCGAUGUUGCAUAAUGAAGAGUUUGAUCCAGAUACCGUCAAAGAGCAGAUGUGGGAAGCGAAAAAUGAGGCUGUGGCGAGGCAUGAGAAGGAGAAGGGGCAAUUUGAACUCAAGAAGAAUAAAGGAAAAGGAAAGAGCAGGGAUGAAGAUGCCGAUAGCAUGGCCGAAGAAGAUGACGACGACGCCAUGUCUGUCGACUCGGAGUCGGACCGUCCUGCGCCGAAGAAGGCGCCAGCGAGAGGGCCGGGUUCGAGAGGUGGCAGAGGAGGGGCGAGGGGAGGGGCGACGAGAGGGAAAGCGCCGGCGAAGAGUACGGGUCGGGGGAAGAGUCAAGCUUUGUUCGAUGCCGCCUCCGACGAUAACGACAUUUCCGACCCAGAGGAAGAAGAAGAGGAGGAAGAGGAGGAAGAGCCAGCCCCCAGGAAAGGUCGUGGUCGCGCUGCUGCCGGAUCGAGUACAGCCGCAGCAAAGAAAGCACCAGCAAAGAAAGCGCCGGCGAAGAAAGCACCAGCGGCAAAGAAGGCGCCGGCUAAAGCAAGUGCUAGGGGCGGGGCGAGUCAAACGACACAGAGUCAAUUAUCAUUCUCUCAAGGGGGUGCGGGAGGUGGGAAGAAGACGGUCAUCACGCUGAGCGACUCUGAUGACUGA